UAAAAGACGUCCUCAUGAAUGGGUUUUAUUACUUGAUUGUCAUCGAUUGUUGAAAUUCAGCUGUGAACACAUGUUUGCACCGUCGACAAAGGCGGCCUGGUGGCUGGCGACAUUUUUAACUGUUUUUGUCACAGGUGAAAUGCCAAUCCAAGCUGAGGUGGAGCCAGAAUUCUUACAAGAGCUGGAGAACCACACAGUGACUCAAGGCCGCGACGUUCACUUCACCUGCGUCGUCAAUCACCUCUCCAAUUACAGGGUAGCGUGGAUUAAAUCAGAUUCGAAAGCGAUACUGGCGAUACACACGAACAUGGUGGCAUUGAACCCGCGCCUCUCUGUCACCUACAACAACCACAACACUUGGAAGUUGCAUGUCAGUAACGUGCAGGCGAACGAUUCCGGCACUUACAUGUGCCAAGUCAACACCGACCCUAUGAAAAGUCAGAUGGGUCACUUAUCCGUGGUGAUACCGCCGGAUAUUGUGGACACGGUGACAGAGGGUAGUUCAGCGCGUGAGGGCGGCAGUGUCAGGCUCACGUGCUCCGCCACAGGUGUACCCCCUCCGACAGUCUUGUGGAGGCGAGAGCAUAACCGACCCAUUGUAUUCAGGCAAGAAGGCGGCCGGGAGAAAAAAGUUGUUGAUAGCCACAAAGGCGAGAGUCUGGAGCUGUGGCACGUGCAGCGCGCAGACAUGGGCGCGUACUAUUGCAUAGCAAGCAAUGGCGUACCGCCCACCGUCAGCCGCCGAUAUCACGUGCAAGUGCAUUUCAUACCGCAAGUGAAAGUGACAAAUCAAUUGGUCGGAGCACCAAUUGGAAGUGACGUUGAGCUACAAUGUUAUAUUGAAGCUUCACCUAAAGCUAUGAACUCCUGGUAUCGCGAAGAUGCUUUAGUAAGUGACAAGUUGUUUGAGAAUCCGAAACUCCGUAUUGCGGAGACAAUAGUGAAUGAGUAUUCACAGUGGAUGAAUUUGACUAUCAAGUCACUCGCUCCAAAAGAUUAUGGAACGUACAUAUGUGCUUCUGUCAAUGCUUUAGGCAAGAUGGAGAGUCAAGUCAGCUUACAUAGAUUAGAAUUAAGUAUGAACGGGUUUGCGGAAGAGCCAAUGGUGUCCGGGGCGGCGAGACAGCGUGGCAACUUAGGCACUGCGCACGCGCAUCCCGCCACCUCGCACGCUCGACCGUACUCCUUCACGAGACAUCUUCCACCGCAGCUGUACGCUCUGUUAAUACCUACUUUACGAUAUCUUACAAACUUUUAG